AUGGUUACAACUACGGCAACUAUUGAAAGUGUCAACCAUACUACCGCGAGCACUCCAACCCUGACAAGCAACAGUACCAGAAUCCCGUUGAAAGCAUCAGUUGUUGGCAGAACCACAGGGCACCCUUCGAGACAAGAAAUCAUCGAUAAUUUACUCAGUUUAGCGAGACAGGAACAAGCCAAGGGGAACUCGUCGAUCACAAGUGACAAAUUAGAUAAGCUUCAGAGCAUAUUAGAAGAAAAAAACCGAAAACAAACAUCGCCAUCACCAGCAGCAGGAGAAGAAGAAAACAAGUAUAGAAAGUUUCAACGAGUACCCGCAAUACCAAAACAGGCUCGGCCACUUCCGAAAUUGCCUUCCCUUUUUGACAAGUUUGACGUCAAGAAAGCAGUGAGCAAACCAUCACCAGCAGCGCCAGCACCAGCACCAGGAGUGAAGGCCGAAACCAGCAAACGCCAGAAAUCAUCAAACAGAAACAAGAAAGGUAUCAAAUACUUUAGACCUCGCAAAUUCACGCUUAAACAGCUAGAGUCGAUGUUCAUCAACGUGCUCGAGAACAUUGCCAAUUUAUUAGACAACUUACACUUACUUUCCAAUUUACCCAUGUUCCCACAGUUUCUCACCAAAUUACUCAAACAAACCAACAAGCUAUGGGUGCUCAUCCUUGUUUUUCUCAUCCGCAAGACCAUUUCGCAGUUGUUGAACGUCAUACGUAAGAUCAGGAAAGUCAACACGGAAAAGGAAAUCCUCAACUCCAAGAGCCCCGACAAGUCUGUACUCAACCAGGACAUAAACAAAAAAUACAACAAGGUGUUGAAAGAUUUGAAGUUCGACAAGCUAAUGCUUGUUAUUGAGUUGAUUGGUAACUUUUUGGAUUUGAGUUUCAAUGUUAUCGAAUUGUACGGCAUCGUGUUGCCCGACUGGAUCAUGUCGUCUUUGAACUUUGCAAGCAUGGCCAUGACAAUCUACAGAAUGAAUAAAGACGACGAGUAUGUGGACGAUGACAUUACAGAGGACCUAAUAUAA